AUGUCACUCUUCAAAUUUAUUUUCACUAUCAUCGUUGUCGCUGCAUUUGCGAUGAACGCUGAAGCAGAACCGUGUUUCGUGACUUCUGACGAUGCUGAACCGACGGAUGUGCAUGACCACUCUGUACGACAGUUCGCGUACAACACGAACGCGUAUGUAUCAUACUCUAUGAUGAUGACAUACCGACUCAUCCCGGAUUGA